AUGAGCGCCAUGCGUCCGGUCCUGGUCGCCGCCCUGCUGACCCUGCUGCUCUGCCUCCCCGGUCCCUCUAAUGGAGAAUCAUACUUCGGGGACAGCUUCUGCAGUCUCCAAGCCUUCCAGGACGUUUCCAGCUUCACGCUGUCGCUGCAGAUGAAGACGAGUCGGCGCAGCGGGCUGCUGCUGCUGGCUGCCGGCCGCGAGGACUACCUGUUCCUGGAGCUGCUCAACGGGAAGGUCCAGGCCCGGAUGAACAUGGGGGCCGGCGAGGUGACGCUGUCCUCGUCUCAGGGAGUGACGCUCAACAACCUGCUGGACCACAAAGUGUCGCUCUCACUGCAGGACGGGAAGCUCACCAUGACCAUCGACGAGCUCUACCCCACGUACGUUCCUGUGCCUGACGACGGCGAGCAGCUCAACAUCGACCUGGGCAUCUGGCUGGGAGGGACGGGAGACCUGGACGCCGAUUACCUCAGCACCGCCAUCCCGCCUUUCCGCGGCUGCAUGACUCAGGUCAAGUUUGAGUCGCACCAGUUCGACAUCCUCAGCACGGCGUUCAAACAGUGCCACGACACGAAGGACUCCUGCAGCGGCGAGUUCGAGGCCGGCGACGGGGAGGCGACGAGUUUCAGCACUCCGGAUUCCUUCGUGUCCUUCCCCACCUGGAGCGGGGCGAGCGGGGCUCCCAGGGUCUUAGAGAUCCUCAUGAAAACCACCAUCGAGGACGCACUGCUUGUUUUCCACCCUGGUCGGGAUUCAGACUUCAUUGCCGUGGGUGUGGUGAAGGGCUACCUCAAAGGGAUGCUGGACGUGGGCGCAGGUCUUCAGGUCCUGGAUAACACCCAGGUGCAGCUGGAUGACGAUCAGUGGCAUCGAGUUAAGGUCCAAGUCAGUCCGGACGCUUUUGUCAUUAACGUGGACAGCCAGUCCACCUCCCUGCCUCUGGACUCCACACAGAAAUUGGACUUGGUUGGAAACUUGUAUCUGGGAGGCAUCCAGGGCAAAAUGAAGGACGUGUUUCGGGAGAGCGGCUCCUUAAAUCACGUGGAAGACGUAAUGACGGCCGAAUCCUUCAUUGGUUGUUUGGGGGAAAUAAAGGUGAAUCAGAAGGACAGAAGCCUGCAGGAUGCUCUGGUGACCAAAGAUGUCCACGUGAAAUGUGAAGGAGAGGACUACGACUACUCGAGUUACUACGACACAGACGCCACAACAACCGCUCCGCCUGUCCGCAUCCGAUACGUUGACAUGGACAACAGCAAUGAUCAGCACUGCUACCCAACAGAUGACACGCCAGAACUGUUCAGAAACGUGACAAAGCUUCUUGACAUCUCGGCAGUGCUGGUGCCAGAAGGUGGUGAAGCUCUCCUUGAUAUCAGCAGUUUAAAUCCCACAUUUGACAUCAGUGCUGCAGGGAUCCGUCAGUCUCAGAUCAUCUUCACUCUGCAGAACGACCCCUGGUACGGCCUGGUUGACAUCAACACCAACACAAGGCGCACGCAAGUGUUUACUCUUCUCGAUGUCAUCAACAAGAAAAUUAAAUACAUGCACGAUGGAAACGAACGGCAUGCAGAUCAGAUCCAGCUGCAGGUGGUUGCUCAGAGUAACGACUACCUUCCCGAGUGCUUAAAAACUCCCCAGGAGUACAUCCUGCCUGUUGAGAUCCUUCCCGUCAACGACAUACCGCAGCUCGGCGGGGGAGAAAUCACCAUCACGGAGAACGGCAGAACUCGUUUGAGUCCCAGCCUUAUCAAAAUCACAGACUCUGACACCCGCUGUGAUGAAUUAGUGGUAACUGUGACCUCGGGGCCUUCCGCAGAAGUCGGGUAUUUAGAAAACGGUCAGCGGCCGGGGAGAAGCAUCUCAGAGUUCACCUGCAGGGAGCUGAAAGAAGGGAAUAUCUACUUUGUACAUAGAGGGGGCAGUGCUGCUGGAAUGACCCUGGAGGUGUCUGAUGGACAGUCUGUGAGCCAGUCGACUACUUUUCAGUUAUCCGUGACGCAACCACACUUGACUAUUGUCACCAACUCUGGCCUUCUUCUAUCUCAAGGAAGCAACGCGUCCAUUGGUGUUCAAACUCUGGCGGUCAUCGCUCACCCUCGUAACGGAGCCGUUAUGUAUAACAUCACACAGCCUUUGAUGUACGGAGAACUACAGUUAAUGACGAGCAAUGGAAAUUACAAGCAGGUUACAUCUUUUCACCAAUCUGAUCUGGAUCAAAGCCGCCUGAGGUACGUCAGCACAGACUCCAGCGACCAGGAAGAUGUUGUGAGCGAGCGCAUUCAGUUCGACGUCCACCUGGGCCAGUUCUCCCUCUGGAAGAACACCUUCUUAGUCAAGAUCAUCCCCGCACAAGUGAAAGUUUCUAACAUGGUUCCACUGGAUAUGGAGGCCGGUGAAGAGCAAACAAUCGGACUCACAGAGCUUCAAGCUGAGGUGAAAGGGAAGAACCCUGACCCACAAAGUGUAAAAUACGUCAUCGUCAGGCCUCCAACACUCGGGAGUCUGCAGUUGUCCGACAGAGUGUUGGCUGAGGGGGACGUCUUCACACAGAAGGACAUUAUUGACAGCAGUCUUAGCUACACGGCACGUGUGCAACGAUCUGUGGACAGCAUAGACCAGUUCCAGUUCAGAGUCCUGGCUGACGAUCAGUACUCCCCUCUGUACACCUUCCCUAUUAACAUCCUCGCCAGUGUUGAUGCUCCUGUUCUGACCAAUGAGUACCUGGUGGUCCUGCAGGGUGGUGAGCUCGCUCUGAACAAAAACUACCUUUGGCUGCACUCUCCAAGUUCUUCAGAUAUCGUGUACCGGGUCACGCAGGGGCCAAAGUACGGCCGUCUGAUCAGGGGGUCCCCGCCCGGGCAGCCCCGGUUCGAGGGGGCGAUAAGAAUAUUCAGCAACGAAGACCUCGAGGCCGAAAGACUUAUUUACAAGCACGACGGCUCCAAGACGAGCAGCGACGAGUUCCACUUCUCAGCGUUUGAUCAGGGAGCGGCGAGUUCAGACAACGGGGAGAUUGUGAGCGGUGUUUUCAGGAUUUCUAUCCAAUCCAAGAACGAGCACGCUCCCGUCAGAGUCGUGGACAAAGUCUUCAACGUCGUCCGCCACGGUCAGCGUCUGCUAACGACCGACGUCAUCCAGUUUAAAGACGACGACUCCGGCUUCAACGACACCCAAAUCGUCUACGCUCGUGAGGGAAUCCUGUCGGGAAACAUCGUCUCCACUUCCAACCCAACACAGCAGCUUUUCCGCUUCACACAAGCCGACCUGCGGGACAAAAACAUCCUCUUCAUUCACCACGGAGCCGACCGGGAGCGCUUCUCUCUGCAGGUGUCAGACGGCUUCCACAAGACCACGGCGCUCCUCGAGAUCCAGGCCGGCGAGCCCUACCUGCGGGUGGUAAACAACACGAUGAUUAUCAUCGACCACGGGAGCACCAAGACCCUGAACACCACCCUGCUGAGUGCCGACUCCAACAUGGACAUCAGGGACGACAGCGAGAUCAAGUUCGAGGUUGUGUCGCCGCCGGGCGACGGCAGGAUCAUCGUGAGCGGGAUCGAGGCGGCACAGUUCACCCAGGAGGACCUGAAGAAAGGUGUCGUCUCGUACGAACACAACUAUGAGAGUCUGAGGUCCAAGGACUCGUUCAGCUUCACCGUCCAGGCGAGAGGACACUCUGAAGUGGGCAUAUUCAGGAUUAAAAUAUUCAAGCAAGGCUACCUCUCUGAGCCUGAGGUGAUAAACAACGAGGUCAUCAUAUCCUACGAGGGAGAGCACACCAUCAUCAGCGAAGAAAAUCUCAAGGUGGAUCAGGCUGAUAUUCUCCCUACUGAGAUGGUGUUCAGAAUCAAACAGUCUCCUCGUCUGGGCCACGUGGUGAAGCUGACCAACAGCUCCGACAGCACCGCCUCGCCCGUCCUCGACUACAUCUACUCCUUCACCCAGGAGGACAUCGACCAGGGACGCAUCCUCUACGUCUCCGCCUCCAUCCAGGGCGAGGACUCGUUCUCGGUGGACGUCAGUAACGGCUUCACCUCGGUGGAGGAGCUGCAGGUGUCGGUGAACGUCGUGCCUCGUCUCAUCCCCGUCAUCACCUCCAACUUCACGGUGAAGGAAGGCCUCAGCAGGGUGAUCAACGCCGACAUCGUCAACAUCUCACACCCCUUCUACAGCGCGGCCAACGUGGACUUCGUGGUGGAGGAGCCGCCGCAGCACGGAGACAUCCGCUACCUGGACGGAGACGAGCUCACCUACUUCACCUGGGAGGAGAUCAAACUUGGACACAUCUACUACAUGCAUGACAGCACGGAGACGACCGAGGACAGCUUCACUCUGACCGCCUCCGUGUACGAGAUCGAGCGCCGCAGCCUCCCCGUCACCGUCUCCAUCACCGUCGUCCCCGUCAAUGACGAGCCGCCGCGGCUAACACGCAACACGGGACUGGAGGUUCUGUCCGGAGAGGACGCUGACAUCACGUCCAGCAUGUUGAACACGGAGGACGCCGACACGCCGGCGGACCAGCUGGUUUACCACGUGGAGGUGCCGACCAGCGGCGUGGUGGCGCUGAAGGAGGCGCCCGAGGACGCCGUGAUGAACUUUACACAGGCGCACAUCAACAGGGGAGAGGUCAUCUUCAUCCACGAGGGUGAGGAGUCUGGCGGUUUCAGCUUCACGGUGACGGACGGCGAGCACACGACUCCUCUGUACCGCUUCGUGGUCACGGCGCGACCACUCACCAUCACCAUGGUGACGCAGGAGGAGCUUGUCGUGUUUCCAGGAACGAGGCAGUCGAUCACCAGCGCUAACCUCGGCGCCGUGACUAACGAGGACGGGAACGAGAUCAGCUACUCUUUAGCCCGACCGCCUCGACUGGGACGACUGAUCCUCGCCAACGACAGGAACCAGUACGAGGAGAUCCACCGCUUCACACAGACACAGCUGGAGUCCGGGGCGGUGUUCUACGAGCACCAGAUCCCAGAGGAUCCCUUCUGGGUGGUGCGGGACUCAGUGGAGCUGACGCUGUCGUCUCAGCCGGCGCCGGACGUCCGCCACAUCCUCCCCAUCACCAUCUCAUACUACGCUGCUCACAGCAACAUCUCUUCUCAGCUCUGGAGGAACAAAGGUCUGGACAUCGUGCAGGGCCAGAGGAAAGCCAUCGACGGCUCGAUUCUCGACGCCUCCAACCUCCUGGCGAGCCUUCCCGAGGACAAGCGGAGCGCCGCUGACGCCGUCUUUGAGAUGAAGCGAUUCCCGGACCACGGGCGCAUCACGCUGGGGGGUCAGGACCUGCCGCGCAACGCCGCUACCUUCACGCAGGAAGACGUGACUCAAGGAAGGCUGGAGUACCUGCACGACGACUCGGGGGCGUCCUCCGACAGCUUCUCGUUCAGAGCGCGUCUGAAGCCCGAGGGUCAGGGCGCGCCUUCGCCCGCCGAGUCCGUGGUCCUGGAGGAGGUGUUCAACAUCUCGGUGAAGCGGCGAGGCUCCGACGCCCCCGAGCUGGUCACCAUCGACAUGCUGCUGGAGGUCCUCCAGGGCUCCAUGACGGUUCUGACCCAGAAGCACCUGAACACUCAGGACGAGGACAGUCCGCCGGACGAGGUGCACUUCAAAGUGACCAAAGCGCCUCGAAACGGCCGGAUGAUCGACGCGCUCACCAUGGACCCGAUCUCCGAGUUCACGCAGGAGAUGAUCAACCGCGGGCAGGUCGGCUUCUUCAGCGACGGCAGCCUCGCCGACGGCUGGGUGGAGUUCAUCGUGUCGGACGGCGAGCACCAAACGGAGCCGCACACGCUGCACAUCGGCGUCCUGGCCCGCACGCUGAUCCUGGACAAAGCCCCGGAGAUCAAGGUGAAGCAGGGCGACGACGAGACGCUGGUGACGGAGGAGAUGCUGAAGGCCACGACGGGCGGACCCGUGGAGGAGGACAUCCUGUACAAGAUCACCAGCGCGCCGAAGUACGCCGCCGUCAUGGUCGACCGGCAGCCGACGUCCGCCUUCACCCAGAAACAGAUCAAAGAAGGCCGGGUCAGCGUCCGCUUCGUCAAGUCCACUUCCCCUCGGGACAGCGUGGCGUUCGUGGCCCGCAGCAGAGCGGCCAACGUCUCGUCCGUGCUCAACAUCACCGUCCAGCCGCUCGCCAACAUCGCCCAGGACCCUCUGCUGCCGCAGGGCGCCCUGGUGCAGCUCGACCGGAAGCUUCUGGAUGCGACUCCACUGGCGAACAAGACAAGAACCUCCCCGACUUUCACCGUCAUCCAGCAGCCUCGGGGGGCCCGAUUUGUGAGGUCCGGAGGUCCCGGAGCCGGUCAACCGGUGGACACGUUCAGCCAGAAGGAGCUGGACGAGGGCCGCGUGGCGAUGGAAGUCCUGAAUCCCGGAUCACGAGGCGGCGUCGGCCAGGACGAGGCUCGCUUCCUGCUCAAAGCCCACGGCGUUCCUCCUGCAGAAUGCGUGCUCUCCUUCCAAACGGGCCCCUACAACGCCUCGGGGGUCUACCCCGCCACUCUGUUGAGGAUCCCCUCGUCGAAGGACAGUAACGACCUCCCGGGCGUGGCCGGACCGCCUCGUGCCACUCCGGCGAGCCCCCGCUGGAGGGGCAACAUGGACUGGCCCCACGGCGACGGCCCCACCACCACCUCCCCCGGCACCAACGACCACGGGAAACCGCACAUGUCCCGCCGCAGCAACUUCUGGUCCAUCCUCAUCCCGAUCCUGGUCAUCCUGCUGCUGCUGCUGCUGGCGGCCAUCUUGGCCUACUACCUGAUCCGCAAGAACAAGACGGGCAAGCACGACGUCCAGACGGCGGCGGCUUCCAAACCCAAGAAUGGAGAGGUGGCCAGCGCGGAAACCUUCCGCAAAACCGACCCGGCCAACAACAUCCCCAUGUCCAACAUGGACGCCAAAGACGCAGACCCCGAGCUGCUGCAGCACUGUCGGACAACGAACCCGGCCUUGAAAAAGAACCAGUACUGGGUCUGAGACUGGUCCGAUUCCUCGUGUUUUGGAAAGUCUUCCUCCGAUCAUUCCUUCUCAGUAUUAGAGACCUCUUGCCACACCAGUUCAAACGAAAAUUAUCUCUUUGACACCAUUGGUUAUUUACUUCUCUCUCAACAUAACUGUGGACAAAUUCUCAGGCAACGAAACACUGAAAUACUUAUUGGCAAAGAAAGAGGUAGUUUCUGAUGUCAGGAGGCUCCGGCCGUCUAUUUAUUGUAGUUUGAUCAUUCCUCGCUGUCAAAGGGGCACAAACGAAGACAUAAACAUGCUAAACACAUGUUUGCAAAAAAGAAGUAUCCUGUCCGUGCUCUGCCAUUUAUUCCACAUGAUAUCGUAGGCCAAUAUUAUUAUUAUUCAGCUGAGUGGGUUAACAAAGUGACGGUUUGAUUACAGUUUGUACGCCUUGUACAUAGACGAUGAGGUAAAUAUAUGCUGUAUUAUCUAGAAGAUGGAAAAAAAUCGCCUCUUUGUGUUUUUUUCUCUGUUAUUUUUUAAUGUUUUUAAGGUACUUUUUGUGUUUCUCAGGGCUAAAUUCAGUUUAAAUGAGUGGUACGAGAUUUUGGGAAAUAUACUGAUUCACUUUUUAUUGGUUAGAAGAUUGAUAUCGCGUUGUUAAAGAUAAACUAUGCAGGAAUUAAAUACUCCUCAAAGUGAAGAUUGAUGAUCGUUUUGUCUCCGUUUAAAACCUGAAGUUUGUUUUAAAGCUAACUGGCUAAAAGAAACUGUUUGAAAUGGAUUCAGAGAUUUUGUGGAGCUUUGUUUUGGUCCUAUUGACUGUUAUAAACCAACCAUCGUUGGUCUCAGGUCUGUUUUUAUUUCCAGCUUUUAUUUUGGAAAUACUUGUUUUUUGCAGCGUUUCUGGGAAAGUUUCUUAGAAAAAGAGCGGACAACAAGACAAAUAUACCGAGGUAGGCAAAAUUUUGAGUGAAAACAAACUUUUACUUUUGUUGAGUUUGUUUACGAACAAAGAAAAGCAACAAUUCCUGCAUAGUGUGUCUUUAAAUCCAACAUUCAGUGUCAGAUUGGAUCUUUUUAUCUAACUCGGUGAGAGAGUGAAGACGCUUCGUUUCCCAAACUAUCAAACUACGACUUUUAAUGCCAUCACACGGUUUCACUUUGUGUGUGAAGAAAAAGGUUCAAUGCUAAAAAAAAAAAAAAAAACCCUUUUCGUUUGAUUGAAUUUAGCUCCGAGUUGUUAUGUUAUUCUUUCUGCAUGUUUCCAAAGUGCUUGUAAAUAUUCACUGGACUGGCUCGGCACUGAGCAGAGCCAUGCGGGCGGUUCGUUUCCGGUUUGGAGCCCUCCGCGCUGGCUGACAGGCAGCAUUGGAUCAGCUGUAACUGGGCCCUGACGCCCUCCGUGCUGACUGACAGGCA